AUGUUGAAGCCACCAGUGAGUAUCCCCCGCGCGCCGUCCAUGCCGCGGGUGCAACUGCAGCUGGAUGUGCAGGAUUCGCAGGAGAGAUCGGCCAGUGAAUCAGAUCGAGAGAUGAGCAGCAGCAGCAGCAGCAGUGGUUGCGAGUGUGAUUUUGUGCCCCCUUGCCACCCUUUGAGGGAGAGAACGCAAGUGUUGAGCAGCAUUUGGCUCACAAGUGCGCCUUGGACCAAGAACAUCCUUGCUGUGUGGCACACAUACCUGCUUUGCGUCGCAGCGUGUGCCAUAUCCUGUGCCUCUUUGGUCGUGGUGCUUUUCUGGCAUGUAGAGUGGUACCACCACUACGAUCCCCAGGUAUCCAGCUUUGACUUCACGCUGCACUUUCUUGCAGCCUUUGUGAAAUCCUGGUUGCUGAUUGGCACCACCAGCGAGCUGCUUCGCUUUUGCUACUUGCUUAGUGUGGAUGCCUGGCGAGUUGAGAUGUUUGAAGCAUAUCGCCGGGCGCUUUGCUUUGCAUCCUUUGCGGAGAUUGCUGCUGGAACUCUCUAUGUUUGUGGCUGGCCUGCCCCCAUCCAAAAUUGGCGCAAAGUCGCCGAUGUGUUUCUGCAGUUUGCCAUCCAUCUCUCCCUGGACAUUUUUCCAAUCAUCAUGGUGGCAGUGGACCUGGCGACCUGGAACAGCAAUUUCGAACUCUCCAGUGCUAUGCUGGCCAUUGCGUGCAUUCAUGUGAUUCUCUUCUGGGCCGCUUGGACCAUUGGGGACUUGGCUCUGAAAGUCAAGGCCUUUUCAGCUGCCUGUCGAGCCAAAGUUCUAAAGGUUUCUCACCUGGGCACGGCCACGCGUGUGUUGCCUUUGGUCGUGUCAGACGACGAGAAGGAAAGUGAGAACGAGAACAUUCCAGGCUGGGAUUUGCAAAACACCUUCGUAGUGGAGGAGAUGGAACCUACCGGGCGUCUCAGAACCCGGAGUAUGACGAUUGCAGUGGCUGGCCCUUUUCAGGCUGAAGAGGUGGACAUGGACGCUGACACCACGCCAGCUGUGUCCAGUACUUCCGAACCGAUCCCCGCACGGGGUCGAAGUCAGAAUAUCCUGGUGAACGAGAAUGUGGUACAGAAUGCCCAAACCUACGGCAAGUUGGGCAAUGAACGGCCCAUGGAUCUUUGCCUUCCUGUUUGUGUUUUCCUGUUUCACCUCGUGGAUGUCUUCCCUUUGGUGCUGUCUUUUGUCGUCAUUCUCUUUGGCAGCGCAACCGGACACAGAGCAUUGGUCUUCUUGGGUCUGGAGACUGCAGUACUGAUCAUCCUUGGAAUGCUCAUAGGCAAGCCCAAGCCAUUUACCCUAUCUUGCUGGAGCAAGCGCUCAAAAGGUUCAAGGCUGAAGUAUCUUCAAGAGUGGGGUGACUCCUUUUGUGGCUUGGGCUACUCGGAUCAACUUCACUCCAGGAUGCCCUUCAUCUACAUCACCUUCCUUCUCGGAAUCUUGGCGGGUGCGCUGGAUUGGUGGUAUUCAAUGUUUUAUUGUGCCGCUACCUUGCUUCUUUGCUUCGUGGUGCAGACCUCAGUGUUGAUCCAAAGGCCAUGGGCAUGGCUCUUUGGACUCCUAGAGAGCUUUGUGCUGAUGAUUGUGGCCAGCGCUAUUUUGUGGGCAAGCCCAGUGCUGACUCCAGCGCAGGAUUGCGGCCUCGUCUUCGCAUUAUUUCUUUGCAGACAAUUUUGCUUGAAGCGAACCUUUGCCUCGGGCAGCCGCAUUCAGCUUUCGGCAUUGCUUCUUCUCUGCACAUUUCAAAUGGCGCUGGUCACCGUCAUUAGCUGCUGCAUUGCAAACCACCGCACUGUCGGCUCCAAUCCAAUGUUUUGCGACCGUGGCUUAUCUGAUUGUCAGUACUACGAUGUCCCAUACAUUGGAGACUUUGGUGGGCGCUGGCCCAUUUGCGAGAUUGGCUUCAGCACAGCCCCGUUCAUGGAACACGACUUGACUCUAGCAGACUUCGCUCUCAUGUCGGCCUUCACCUAUGAGCCACCAAGCCAUGUUCCCAGCUUGCUGCAGCAGUACUUUCCAAACUGGAGGGUGAGUUACAAGCACAUCCCCAUCAUGCUGACAGGCACCUUUGAUUGGACAUCCUUUUAUGAGUUCACCGCGGGGGACAACAGUACCACCGUUUUUGCAGUUCGUGGCACCACCGACAUGUUCGAUGCACUCCAAGAUAUGGACCUGUGGCUGCCGGUGGGCAUGAUGUACGUUUUUGAGAGGCUGGGCCCCAGUGUGAUCCAGCUCUGGGGCCCGGGCAUUGCAUGGAUUUGUCGCCAUGUCUAUGUCCAGCAAGAUGGCAACUUUUCGCUCUCCUUUUUGAACUUGCUGAACAUGGUCACGAAUCGCAUGACUAGCUAUCCCAACCGGACCUACUACAUCACAGGCCACUCUCUUGGUGGUGGAAUUGCCAAGUUGGUGGCCGCUGAGGCUCUGAGAAGAGAGCGACUGCUGCCAGGUACCAAUGUGGAAAUGACCGCUGUGGCGUUCGCAGCUCCGGGCAUUGGAGUGGCGGAGGCGCUUCUCUUUGGUCAGGACAUGAAGUCCACAAAUCGUUUGACAUCUAUCACUGUGCAGCCGCAGAAUGACAUCGUGUCGCGGAUUGACCACAACACGGGUUCUACCAUUCCUGUGGAAUGCCAUGGGAGCCCAAGACAUUGCCACAGUGUUUACGCGACAUUAUGCGCCAUAUAUCGCAACUGUGGCUCGCAGCGCUCAAAUUCGAAAUUGGAAAUUCCAUGUGGAUGGUGCAAGGGCAUGCCAUGUGCUCAGCGGGUCGUUCUGCCAGGGGUUGCGCAUGCUUGCUUUGACGAUGUGAACAAUGUGAACCUGCUUUCUUUGCUGACGGAUGCUGGCAUUACACAACGUUUGACGCAAGCCAAGGUGAGCACACCGAGCUUGACCCCGAAAACGUGGCUUGACAGAUCCCUACUUCAGGCCCGCUCCUGGGUGUCUCCGGUCUUUCUGUCCACCGCGCAUGGCCGUGUCAUGCCGGGCUUACCCGUGGUCGAUGCCGAGACGCCGUUGCUGUUGGUUGGGAACCACCAGCUGUUCAGCUUGGACGGGAUCUUCAUAGUCGAAGAGUUUUUGCGCGAACAGCAGCGGUUGGUCACUGCCAUGGUAUACCCGCCACUGUUGGAUGAAGUGUCGCCGCUAGAUCCUUUGCCAUAUCCUUUUCCUGGUUCUUUGGAGCUCUUUGAGAAGUUUCAGGUGAAACCCACAAGCCCACGAAACCUACUGAAGACGCUGCGCCCGGGCAACGCUGCUUUGCUCUUCCCUGGUGGCGCUCGUGAGGUCUUCAAGCGCAAAGGUGAAGAGUACCAACUCUUUUGGCCUGAUGCGCCUGACUUGGUGCGGAUAGCUGCAAAGGCCAAUGCCACCAUCGUCCCGUUCAGUGGGGUUGGUAGCGACGAGUUUUUUGCCGGCACUGUGCUCGAUUCAGACGAGCUGCUUGGGUUGCCGGUGAUUGGAGAUUGGUUUCGGGAGCGUAUUCAGAAUUUGCCAACCUUUGUUGAGGAUGACGUGUUCGUGCCACCGGUGCCAGUACCACGGAUCCAAGGACCCAGGCGAAAUUACUUCCUCUUCGGCGAACCGGUACCCACAGCUGAGGUUGACCACAAAGACCGCGCAGCGUGCGCAGAAAUCUAUUCUCAGAUUCGCAGUGCUGUCAAGGUUGGGAUGGACUACCUGUUGUCCGCACGUGAAGACGACCCCUUCGAGGACAUGCCAGGAAGAUAUGCCUGGGAACAGGCGACUGGAGUCCAGGCGCCUUCAUUUGAUUUGCGGAAGUGGGGGCGUGUAGCCCAGGCUGGAGCCAAAGCAUCGCCCACAAGCCAGAACUCCUUUUGGUCCUCGCCCGCAGCCAGGCCAGCGAAGCUUCGAACGGAGGGCCCUGACGAUGGGCAGACGCUCCUCGCUCGUGGGCCACAGGUCCGUGAGUUGAUGUGUGCGGGUCCCCUGCUUCGCCGGUGUCAUGCAUCGCCACUCCAUGGCGCUGCCAAUCUCUUUACACUGAUCUUCCUGCUUUUCUGGAGCAGAGCUUUGCAUUUUGCUAUGCUUUGCUCAUGGCUCCUCCGAACUUUUUAA